AUGAAGUCUUUCAUUGUCUUAUUACUAAUUUUUUCGCCCGCAAACUCACAGGAUCUCAGCAGCUCGAGGGAGGUAAGAAUUUCAUGAUUUUUGUCAUUUUAGAGGGUCUUAAGAAUUUUUAAAAAGUUUUUAAAAGGUAAGAAUAAUAAUGCUAAAAGGUUUUUUAUAAUAAUUUUAAAAUUUUUUCAAAUUUUAAAGUAAAAAAAAGUCUUGUUGUUAAUUCAUGUGUAUUUUAACAUACAUAAACGACAGGACUUUUUUGACGCUCUAAAAUCUCUUGAUUUUUUAAAAUUUAAAUGGCUAAUAACGAAUCUCAUCACUAGGUGCCCUAUGUAUACAUUAUUGUAUUUUUCAAACUUCGGGGGGGGAAAAGGGGGGGUUAUCAAAAUAUGUCAAAUGAUCAUAGUAUUUGGCAAAUGUAGUUUUUUCUGUCAAUUACGUGGUCUGUGAUUUUUUCAAAGUUUUUUUUGUAUAAAAAAGUAGACAAAAGUGUCGGAUUUCGAUUUGAUCCAUGUACCACGUUAGAAAAAACUUGAGAAUUAAAAAAAGGUUAAAAAUAGAAUAGAACAGAUAUGUAAGAUACAUAAACAAAAAAUUAACUUUUUUAAACUUUCAACAGUUAAAUGGCAAGUAUUUUUUUUUGAAAAGUUAAAAUGUCAAUAAAUUUCUUUACAAAGCAUAAAAUGGCAAGACUUCCUUUACAAAACAAAAAUAACAAAAACAUUCUUUAAAAAACUUAAAAUGGCAAGAACUUUCCUUACAAUACGAAAAAUAGCAAGAACUUCCUUUACAUAACUAAAAAUUGCAUGAACUUUCUUUACAAAACAAAAAAUUAAAAGGACUUUCUUUACAAAUAAAAAUGACAAGAACUUUCUUUACAAAACACCAAAUGGCAAGAAUUUUCUUUACAAAGCAAAAAUGGCAAGAACUUUCUUUACAAAACAGUAAAUGCCAGCAACUUACCUUCAUAAAAAUUUUUUUAAUUUUCAUAAUUUAAUUUUCAAAAAUGAAUACCAUACUUCCAGACAGACUACUGCGAAGACUAUAACCUAUGUUUGGAGAGGUUAGAAGCCAAACAACGAGAAUGUUUGAAGCUUCCAGUUCUCGAGAAGGAAGACUUCGCCAAAUUAACGCCGUUGGCCGAUUGUCAACGGAAAGAAAGGCGAAAGCAACAACGAGAAUUGAAUAAACUACAGUUAAAAAGGACAGAAAUCAUAAGUGAUUGUGUCGCUGCACAUCUGGAUCGUGCUGAAGAUAUCAUGGAUUCGGAUGUGGUAUGUGUUGAUUUUUUUGGCAGAAACUUUUUUUUACAAAAGUCAAAAUGGCAACAACUUUGCUUACAAACUUUAAAAUGACCAAAACUUUCUUUACAGGACACAACUGGCGAGAACUUUCUUUACAAAAUCAAAAAUAGCAAAAACUGUGCUUACAAGAUAAAAAAUAGCAAAAACUUUCUUUACAAAACACAAAAUGGCAAUAACUUUCUUUACAAAACCAAAUUUUAAAGAUAUUAUCAAACUUAAUACCUAUUCAAUUACCUAAAAACUCAAUUGAUCAACCGUAUUCUAGGAAGCCAAGUGUAGGUCGGCGUCGGAGAAACUGCAGAUAUUGAACGAAGUGAUAAUGAAUCCCAAAACAUUUGGCAAAAAGAGUUUAAGGACCAAACGAAAGCAUGUUGUCAUAAAACAGAGUCAUCGAGUUUGUCGCCGAGUCAAGAAAAUGUUGCAGAAGAAGUGCAAUCAAUUGUCCAGGUGUUGUUCUAUCGCUACUGAGUAAGUUUUUUAUGUUCCAAUAGGCAAGAAAUUUUGUUUUACAAAAAAAAUAUAAAAACGUUCUUUACAGUACUUAAAAAGGCAAUAAUUUUCUUUAAAGUACUCGAAAUAGCAAUAACUUUGUUAACAAAACUUGAAAUAGCUUUCUUUAAAAAACAUCAAAUGGCAAACACUUUAGCGCAGACGUAUUUUACCUUUUCUAUAAUAUUAUUUUAGAUGCGAAGUGAAAGCGGACCGUUUCACCGACCAGAUCUAUCAAAUUCGCCGUGAUCUCAGGAAUCCAAAGUCUUCACAGUUAAAGUGUUCGACAGAUUAA